GCCAUUUUUAAAACAAUGAAUAUUUAUAAUAUAACAAUAUGGCAGGUACAAAAGAAAAAAUUUUACAAAAAUUCAAUGCAGAGCUAGGUUCUGAUUUAGAUAGACCGAAUAAAAUAUAUGAAUUUCAUCAGCGUCUUAUUGCACAAAAGAAUGAAAUUGAAAAAUCGCUGUCGAUGGCAUCAACAGAAGCCCCUUCAAAAGUAAAAGCUGUGAUAGAAAGUGUUGAAAACAUUAACACUGAAUUUCAAAGAUUAGAACAGUCUUCUAUAGAGUUCAGAUCAAGCGUACAAGAGACAAUAGAUGAAAAUGAUAAAACUUUAAAUGUUCAAGAAAUUAUUGAUGCUAUAAGUUAUUUAGAGAAAUCCUUAUCUUAUUUGAACUUCAUAAAAUAUGUUGAAGAUAUUAGUGAUGAAAUAGAAACAUGUUUAACACUUGGUGAUGAUGAAUCAGCUAUCUCAUUAUACACAAAUCUUACAAAUAUUAGCUGCCAGUUGAGGUCAUCAGCUUGCCAUUAUCUCCAGAUUUAUACAAAUGAAACGCUACGCUAUUGGCACAAUCUUAUAAAGGAUAAAUUAUCCAAAGAAUAUAAUGAUGUAUUGAAAGCACUGAAGUGGCCCUUUUGUGGUAGUAAUACAAGUUCAUUGAAUACAUCCAUCCCAGAGACAUUAACUAAAUUUAAGAUACUUACAAAAUAUUUAUUACAUUUGCAGUUACCAGAAGAAUCUGUUAAAUCAGUGGUAACAUCUGUAUUAUUAACAGACUUUAAACCUGUGAGUUUGCCAAUUUCACUGAUGGUGCGACCACUUAGACAGAGGUUCAUAUAUCAUUUCACAGGUACAAAGUUAACAAAUCGACAAGAUAAACCAGAGUGGUUUUUUACCCAGGUACUAACAUGGAUCAAAGAUCAUGUUCAGUGGGUACAAAAGAAUGUACAACCAACUGCGAAUUCAAUAGGUUUUAAUCACGUAGAUAUGAAGGUAGAAUUUAUGCGGGCUUUGGUGCAGUUAGCAGUUGAAAAACUCCAUUCCGAACUAUCGUUAGUACAAUACGAUGAUGUUUUGUUUGCUCAUUUAGUUGACGAGGCUCUGAGUUUUGAAAGAGAGUUGAGAGAAACUUUAUUUUAUCCUUCUGCUCAGCCAGCCACUGUUUUCGUUCUUACACAAGCUCAUAUCUUUGUCAAAUGGAUUAAUAUGGAAAAAAAAUAUGCUACUGAAAAGAUGGAUGUUAUUUUAAAUUCAAGUGCAGCUUGGGAAAAGUUAAUAAAUUCCGACAGUGAUGAUAUGAAAGUAACAGAGUGUGCAGAUGCUUUUCUUACUCUUCUUACUACGAUCUCCGAUAGGUACAAGCAUUUGCCUCAACCAGGUCACAGGUUACAGUUCCUUGAACUUCAGUUGGAGCUUAUUGACGAUUGGAGAAUAAGAUUACUUCAGUUGUUAUGUGAAAAUUAUGAACACCUAUCAUACCAUGUAUUCUUAACGUCUCUCAUUCCCUGUAUUCUUAAUACCUUACAUUACGUUGCAACUGUCUUAGAAGAAUGGGGUGUGACAGUGCAUUUCUUGCAAUUGUAUUUUUUCAAAAAACAAUUCGAAGCAGUCGAAACUGCAACGUUAGAAGGAAAUAACAUCACUAAAAAUGUAGGCGAAGUUGAGGGUACGGUAUUUGAUGAAGCAGUAGGACUUUUAAGAAGAUCGGAGGAAGAAUGGAUAAAUGAAAUUACCGACUCCGUUGCUUUGGACGUAAAAGCAAAAAGCAGACCGUAUAGAACAGAUAAGUGGUUCGCAAUGCAGUCUACUAAAGAAGUAAUUUCGUUAUCGGUCACUCCAAGUGGUUACUCUAUGUUUCAAGAAUUAGCAACGCAACUUAAUCUACUACAUAACACGCUUGCGUUGCCUCUAUUUCAUCAAGCUUGGAAAAAUUUGGCUUCACAGUUUGAUCAAUUUCUUUUAGAAGAAGUUGUUCUGGUGAAUCAUUUUAACGUGGGUGGGGCCGAACAAUUGCAACAUGAUGUUUUCAGAAAUUUGUUCCCAUUAUUUGGCUUAUAUAUCAGCGAGCCAGAAUCGUAUUUUCCACUAAUUAAAGAAGCGUGCAUUUUAUUAAAUAUCAUGUUGGGUUCGGCAAUGUUACUACGUGAAGCUCUUAAUGACGAAAUUACAGGGAAAGAAGUGUUAGCAGAAAUUGGAGUACAUAAGAUGACUCCUGAACUUGCCCUAAAAGUAAUUGGAACAAGAACAGAUAUCACAAACGUAUAAAAUAUUUUUUUUUAAGUUAAUUUGUUGUAUAAUCUUAUAAACAUUAGAUUAUAUUUUUUUUUGUACAAUAAUAUUGAUAAGUGAAAUUAUAUUACAUUCCUAAAUUA